AUGGAAGAUGACAAAAUUUCGGAGCAAGAAAAGGAAGAUGACCAGCCUAAGGAGUUCUGGGACCUAGUAUUGGGAGACGAUUGGGAUGAAGUAAUUAAAAAAUACAAUGAAGACAGUAAUUUUCACAAGAUAGAUAUCAAGGGAAGAGGAACAGCAUUACACGUGGCAGUAAGCAUGGGACGACGCGACGAAGUAGUGAAAAGUCUUGUAGAAGCAAUAGAAAAGCUUGGUGAUGAAAGUAGUUUGAAAAUGAUGAAUGAAAUAGGUGCUACUCCUCUUCAUGUUACAGCAUAUGCAGGAUUCCUAGAUGUGUGUAAACUUAUAAUUAGAAAAGAAGAUCAAAGGAAAUAUUUGAUUCAAGUGAAAUUUUUUGACGGGAAACACCACUUUUUUGGGUUGUGA